GGCAGCCCAGUUUUGGUUUGUGUGCGUUGUGGGAUGAAAUAUUUCUCCUCUUUUCAGCGGAUUUACCCUCCAUAGGUGGAUUCCUCUGCUAGGAAGACGUCGAGGGGCAUUAACCCUGACCUCAGCAUUAACCUUGGCCUAGCUGAGGAGGCACCUAUAACAGACGUCAUAAGUAGUAUGAACAACUCAUUGCUCAUACCAGCUAUAAUGAACCAAGUCUUUGAUGAAAAAGGAAGGAAAGUGUAGCACAGUGACGGUUUGGUGUAUGUAUGCACACUCCACGUCAAGAAACUCUGGACUGCAAAUUUGGUCAUGGCUUCAUCUUCUAUCGAGGUGAUGGGCGUGGGCGGUGGGGAAGUGAAAGUAAUGUUGAUGGAUGACAGCGUAGCUGAAGGAGAUAUUGAAGGAUCAAUGCAUACUAUCAUUACUGCCAGUAAUGAACAAGGUCAUAUGGUUUCUGCAGUAGAAUCACAACCCCUCUCUGGUCAGGAUGAGGAUUUCCCAAAUAUGGAAAGUGAAUUUCAUACUCUUGAAGGAAUGGAGCCACCACCAGGCACUAUCAUCUUUUCUCCACAAGACCUUAUGCGACCAACCAAACCUGCAACCCGUGGCAAAGGUAAAGGCGCACGUAGUAGUUUGGCUUCUGUCAAACGAGAACCAGGGAUCCCUGCUGCCUUUGGUUCCAGCCAAUCCUUGGAAUUACCUGUUGACUGUGAAGUCUGUGGUAAAAUGAUGAUGACAGGAAAGACACUUGUACAGCAUAUGGCCAUACAUUCUGAUAUGAAGCCAUUUCAAUGCCCACAUUGCCCAAAAUCAUUUGCCCGCAAAGUACACCUUCAGGGACAUUUGGUAAUACAUGGAAUUGAAAAACAGUUUGAGUGUCCUGUUUGUCACCAAAGAUUCAGUCGUCAAGAUUGUGUUAAGGUUCACAUGCGUCUUCACGACAAAAGUAAAUGUGUAUAUUGUGAUGUGUGUCACAAGGCCUUUCUCACAGUUGGGGCUUUAAAUAUUCAUCUUCGUAUUCACAGAGGUGAGAAGCCUUUUAAGUGUCAUCUCUGCAGUAAAUGUUUCACUCAAAAGAAUCACCUCAUUACGCACAUUAAACGUCAUACAAAGGUUAUUGAUGAACAUUUUACCAAAAAAUUGGGGCCUCGAAUGUUCAAGUGUGAGCAUUGUCCUCGUUCAUUCAUCCGCUUGAGUGAUUAUGAACGGCAUGUCCAAUGGAAUCAUGGCGCUGUAGCAGAAGGUAGUAUUAUUGAUAAACUGCCUACAGUUGGCAAUCUUUUGGAUGGAGAACUCAGGCAGACUGGCCUUGCCCCACAAAUAUUUAAAGCUCCCAAAGAUGCGCUGAACAAUAAAUCAAAAAGGAGAACUAGGAAGGUCAUGUGCACAACUUCAACUCAAACUGAUGAAGAAGGUGGCCGUGUCAUUAUUCCUCGUCAGUAUCAUGGGCAGGUGUCCACAAGCACCCAGGUUUCUGCUCCUCCAACACCACGUCCAGCAGAUGAUGACAUGUAUGAAAAUGAUAUAUUUGAUGAUGGUAUGGAUCGCAAUUACAGCUCAGAUGAAGAGGAGGACCAACAGAAGCAGCAGCAGCAGCAACAACAAAAGGAGGGAGAGGAACAGGUAGAUCAUAAAGUAUUUGCUAUGCCUGAUUCAACAGAAAUGGCAUCUGAUCCAGUACAGGAUGCAGCAUUUGAUGCAAUUGUGCAAGGAAGCUCAAAACCCUCUCAAGAGGAUGUUGCAGAAGUUACACAGGAUGAACAUACACUAAUACAACAAGUGGUUUCUUCUAUGACUAAACAGGGUUUAGGUACAAAAUUGCAAGAUGAAAGAAUAGAGCUGAAAGGACAUGAAGAGGGAAAUGAUAUGGUAGAAAAGGCUCAGAGUAAUGAAAAAGAAGACCAAGGUAGCACUACCCAAGAUACCUCUCUCAAGUCCAAAACAGAUAACAGAGUAGAACUUCAAGACAAGUCUAAGGAGGAAACGCCAUCAUAUUCAGCCAAACAAAAACAGAGAGAAAAUGAACAGCAAGAGGUUGAAAACAAAACUCAAAUAAUUGAUAUACCAGGUUCUAAAGGCAGAGGUGUAACUGUUUGCAUACCUAUGAAGAGGCCAAGAGGUAGAGGUAGGAAAAAAAUUUUCUUUGGGCUGUCAGGGGCUGCAGAAUUGCGUGCUAUAAGGAAGAGUAUGAUGAGAACUCUAUUGAAUGCAGAGUCAGAAAAAGCAAAAGGUUUGAAUGCCAAUGGGACAGAAGAGUCAAGAACAAACAUUGGAACAGAUGAUGGGAAAAAUACAGUCACUGCACAAGAGGAAGGUGAAACAGAGGGGCGAGGUAAGCGUAUUGCCAAAAACAAGCAGCAUGGAAAAGAUUUCGUGUGUAACAUGAAGAACUGUGAAACGUGCUUCUCCUUAUCAAAGCCAGGUAUGAAAGCUCACACCAAAGUUAAAGUUAAGGUGAAGGAGAAAGACUUCCAUGAGAAACCUGAUAUAGCAUCACCAGUAAGAACAGUUGUACAAAAUCCUUCAAAAGAACCAGUGAAGCAGAUCUUAAAAGACAUUACAAGACAACCAGAGAAGCGACCAAUGAAUAUCUCAAAUGCAUCUCACACUAUGAUGAGCAGUGCUGAUAAACCUCAAGAUCACAGUGUUAAGAGAAUGAGAAUAGAAAAUAAAUCAGAGGAUAUGAAAAUGAAAGUGGGUAAUCGGGUUGGCUCUUAUCCUGUUGAUAUCACAGCCAACCCACUUACGAAUAAGUCAAAGAAGGAAGAUUAUUUUGUGACCACUAGCAAUUCUGGAAAUAUAGUUUCCCCACCAGUUGAACUUAUGUCAUUUUGUAUUCCCACAUAUUCUUGUAAAUUGUGUAGCAGAGAAUUUAGAUUUGAAGGCAAGCUUCAUCGUCACAUAGAGUCGGUACAUCAAAACAAACCAAUUUUUUCUCCAGACGUGAAGCCUGGUCGCGGUUCCACCAAGCAUGUUCCCAGUACCAGUCAGCCACAAAUUAUGGAUGCACCACCUUUGGAGCCAGAAAAUCCAGAAAUUGCUGCAUUACGAUCAGAAUGGGAUGAUGAUGAUGAUGAUGAUGAUGAUAUGGAGCCAACAGCAGUCAGUAGUGCUUCAAUUAUCAGCUAUGCUCGUCCUCACCCAAUAAUGUCUAUAGUUACUAGAGAAAUAGCACCAGUAACCACAACUGUUACUGAUGUGUACAGCUCUGGUGUAAAGGUUAAUAUGAAUAAACUAGCAGGGCUUCUUCCACAGGUUGGAAAAACCAUUCCAGUAAAUUAUGAAGGAAAUAGAUUAAAUAAUGAGAACACCAACAAAGUUUUAUCAGUAAUUGAACAGCCACAUCCAAGAGAACCAGAAACUAUCAUGGCAGACACUUUAGACAUGAAGUGCCGACGAUUGUUAGAAAAGUUAUUCGAUCACGAUUUACUUCUCAGUUGUGGGCUGUUGGAGGAGCAUGUAUCUGUGGUGCUGGGUAGGGUAUUGCAGCAUUAUGGUGUAAAGAUGAUUGAAGACUAUGGUCAAGGACAAUAUGAAGUACUCAAGUACAACUUAUGGCGGCUAAUUGAAUGGAAAGUUACCAUGGAACAAAUGGAAGAGUUUUACACAGCAGGUAAGAGUGUUGAAGAAAUGAUGGAUGAUAUAAUGAAUGAACAAGUGCCUCUAGUUUCUCAUCACUUUGUGCCACAGGAACAGGCAGCUCAGGGACAUGUACAGGUGAGCCAGGCUGGUCAGGUGACUCAAGUAGAGGCUGUAGAUGUUGGUGAUGGUCAAGUGGUGCUGCAGCAUGUAGCUGGGGUAUUAGGAGGUCAGAUCAACUUACCUGAAGGUGUUGCACAAGUGGUACUGUCACAGGAUGUCUCACCUGAUCUCCUUCAAGGAGCUCACAUAGUCACCAUUGAUCCUACCACAGGCCAGGUAAUAUCCCAGGUAACUGCUGACCAAGUUAUUCUUGCUGAUAGCAUUACUGAUGAGAUAGAACAUGUUGCAACCUUGGAUGGUCAAGUAGUUGUGUCCCAGUCACAUGUGAAUCAGAAUGUUAGUCAAGGAAAUAUAGUAGUAACUCACUCAUCUGUGCCAGUGGAUGCAAAUCAGACACACAUAAGUCACAGUCAAGUCAUAGUGCAAGCGUCUCCAGAACAAGCAGUUAAGAUAGAGACUGCAAGUAGUAGUGUGAACCAUUCAUCCCAUCAGCAGCAACAGUGAAGCUGGUUUUAUAAUCUCACUGCCCUGUACAAAAUAACAAAAUGCUUGAAAAAACUUGUAUUUAAGCUUUCUAUAUAUAUUAUAUAGAUUAUUCCUGAUAACUGAUCUUGUCCCUAUCAGUUGACUUGUGCAGUUUUAUCAUAUUUAAAUUUAGCUGUAAAGCUAAAACAGUUUCAAGGAAAUUUGCAAUGUUUCCUCAGGUUCCUUGUAAAUAUAUUCAACAAUUGGCUAUGAUAAAUUGUAGUGAGUGCCUUUCUUUACAAAACUACUUAUGCAUAUCCACUUCUUCUCUUACAAAUAGUUAUUGUAUACCGAUUAUAAGUUAAAUAUAUUCACAACUGGUGAUCUAAUAAUGCAUUGGUUAUCUACUAAAGUAAUGAGAGGCAUUCCUCUGUACUUUGAUGUGUUGGCAUUAAUUUGUUAAAUAUGUCGCAUUUUAAGUAAAUUAUUGUAAAUUGGUUAUCCCACUAAAGUUAUGAUUCUAGUUUUUUCUACAGUUGUGUAACACAGUGUGUGUAAUGGAAACAAACAUACUUGCACUUUAUUUAUAUUCUAAUAAAGAUUAUUAAAUUAAUAUAA